CAGCUGUUCCACCCCUUCUGAAAGUACAGCCUGACGUCUUGCAGUUCAGCCUGAGCAGCAGCUGGAGCUACAAAAUCUUUUUUCCUCUUCUGUCAGGAUGGGUGUGAUACAGCUUCCCAACUUGUCUAGGAUCCUGUGUUUGUCUUUGCACAUUAUCCUCAUUCUGCUUCAACAGACUACUGCAGCAAGAGAACUGAAGUUUGUGGUUGUACUUUUCCGACACGGUGACCGAACACCAAUUGUAAACUUUCCAACUGAUCUACACAAAGAAAGCGAAUGGCCCCAGGGAUUUGGACAACUCACCAAGACUGGAAUGCAGCAGCUUUUUGAACUUGGGCAGUACAUGAGGAGACGAUAUUCCAGCUUCUUGAACAGCACAUACAACCGGCAAGAGUUUUACAUCCAAAGUACAGAUUAUGAUCGCACCAUUAUGAGUGCCCAGUCAUAUCUUUCUGGCCUCUUUCCACCAACUAGCAGCCAAAUUUGGAACCCUGAGCUUCUCUGGCAACCCAUUCCAGUUCAUAUUCUUCAAAAAACAGCAGAGCAGAGGCUGAAUUUUCCUCUACCCAACUGUCCUCGUUUUGAUGAACUUCAGCAGGAAACACAAACAUCUAAAGAAUUUCAAAAUAGAAUACAGCCAUACAUGGAUUUUCUACAAACAAUGGCAGUUAACACAGGGCUUGAACUAAAUCACCUUAAAAUACUGGACAAUUUCCAGCUCUGGAAUACGUAUGAUACUCUAUAUUGUGAGGGUAUUCACAAUUACACUCUCCCUGUAUGGGCCACUGAAGAUGUAAUCAACAAGAUGGAAAAAUUGGCAGAAUUGUCCUUAUUCUCAUUAUUUGGGGUUCAUAAAACAGAAGAGAAAUCCCGACUACAAGGAGGUGUCCUUGUGAAUACUAUUUUAAACAGUAUUAAACAAGCUGUCAAUUCUUCAAAACCAAGAAAAAUGGAGGUCUACUCUGCACAUGACACCACAAUUGGGGCCCUCCAGAUUGCUCUCAAUAUUUUCAAUGGAAAACUGCCACCAUAUGCUGCUUGCCAGUUUUUUGAACUCUACCAAGAAAGCAAUGGGCAAUAUAGCAUCGAAAUGCAUUACCGGAACGACACUUCAAAGGAUCCUUAUCUCCUCACCUUGCCAGGGUGCACCUCUUCUUGUCCACUUGAAAAGUUUGCUGAACUAGUUUCUCCUGUGAUUACAGAAAACUGGUCAAAAGAAUGUGGGAGAAAAGACAAAAUGAAAGAUAUUUUUAUUGGAUUUAAUGUUGCUGUUGGCUUGUUGUCCAUUUUUAACCUUGUACUGCUCUACCUCCUUUAUCAUUAUGGACACUGCAGGCGCAGAAACAACUACCAAGACAUUUAAAGUGGAGGUAAAGAAAUGAAAGAGAGAGCAGCUAGACAUCAAAGAAUACUUGAAGUUGCAGAUAUCCAUCAGUUUGCUCUGGUCAAAAUAAUCUCCAAAGCUUAUUCAAUAAACCUGAACAGCUGAGGUAUCUGUGGCCUAGCUCCUAAAAUUUUACACAGCUGAAGUGAGAAAUACUGUUGAAACAUGUUAUUUUAGGAAUUACUGGAUGGAUGGAAUUACUCCAAUUUAUGUCUUUAUUCUACUACUACUAUUAAUCAAUCUUGCAUCAACCAGUGGGGAGAAGGAAUGUUGUUGCCUAUGCUUUUUUUAUAUUGCCUGUUACCAUUUAGCCCUCUGCUGCUCAACAAGUCUUUCUUCAAAACUGCAUUCUGUAAUAUUUGUCUUACUUCCUAUAAAUGGCUAUUUUGCUGAUGCACAGGAAAAUAGUUUUAGUGAGCAGAAGUUGCAAUUACUGUAUGAAAAAACUCAUACCAGCAUCUGGACAUACUGUUCCUGGAUUUAUUCAUGCAAAUCUAUGCAUGAGUUUUGACCUUGGCCUUCAGCUAAUAAAAGUCUUCAGCCUGCUCUUUAAAGGAGUUACACCUCUACAGCUCUCACGGAAAUUAGUAGAACUGGGAUAAUCUGUUACAUAGCCAGACAUCAAACAAAAAGCUUAGUGCAACAGCAUCUUGGUCAGUGUCUGUAACUUCAAUAAUAUGGAUAAGUAAAUAUGUUAAAAUCUAUUUUCUGUUGCUGCCCUGUUUUCCUGUUUUUCUGAGCUCCCAGUCAUGAAUGAUCCUUUGCUCUGCAUUUCUUUGAGACACUCUUAGUAUAAUUCCUCAAGGUAUCAUUCUCUUAAAUAUCUUUUAUUUUAAAUCACAAUAACUCCUUUAACUCCUUGCUCUGUUCACAAUCCUGUAUGUUAGCAAGAUGUACACUUAAAGUAAGAAAACAAUGAUUCUGCUUUUUGUAUGUUGAUCUCUUCUGUGCAAUAUAUUUUGUUUAGAUUGUAAGCUUCUUAUGUCAGGGAAUGUGUUUCUGUAACUGCUCUUGGGUGUCACAAACUAUAUGCAUAAUAAGCACUAAUAUUGCUGUAUAAAAUCCUACUUAUUGUCAUAUGCUUCAAGACUGAAUCAAGACUUUUUCAUCCUGCAGUCCUGCAGAGGAUACUGUGAAUUACAACACCAUGGAGAAGUCUCUUCAAAAAUCAAGACAGCCAUACAAACAAGUGCCAACAGCAGGGUCAGCCCAUCAGAUAUAAUGUGUUCAAGCUUAUGUGUCCUGUUGAUAUUUAGAAAGAGAGAAAGCUGAGGGAUGGAGCUGCUUAGCUCAGACAUAGCAUCACAGCAAUGUGAAUACACUGCUUCUGGACUGACUUUCACUCACAUUCUGUGGGUUGCAACAAGGAGUCCAGGAGCCUCAGCAAGCUAUCACUGAGACAGUGAUCUAGAGAUCAGCCCUUAAUAUUACAGCUGAAAUGUGAUAUAAUUAUAUAUAGUGAUAUUAAAUGUCAUAUAUUAAACAGCAUAAGUCAGAGUAACACAUGCCUGUGGGAAUAUAGCACCUCCCAAACAUUGCAUUUCUUGUAACAGCUUCAGCUACCGAAGUGUCCACCUUUUGAAAAAUAUUUCUCACUCAGUGAAAAGCUUUUAGUAGUAUCCAUGACAUUUCCAUUUUUAUCUAUUUUAGGAAAUAUCAUAAUAUUAAUACCAAAAUAUCAACUGGUAGAUUUGAGUCUUACAUGUUCAGGAUUUUUAUUGUAAAACAAGUUGAUGCAAAGCUGUGAAAAAGAUGAAAGACUGUCCCUAAAUCAGAUGGUUUAGAUGUACAAGCUUCAGCUUGUAACUAGCCAUUUUGAUCCUCAUGCAAAAACUUGAAGGAAUAUCUAUAUUGCAGUCAAAUGUGUUAAAGCAGCUCUAGGAAACAAGCCUGAGCUGGCUUGGUUACUAUUAGAAGUGUACUCACAGUGGGGAAAAGUUCAGAACAAACUGAAAAACUCACCCUGGCUCCUGUAUGUGCAUAUAUAUAUACAAAAAUAAAUAUAUGCACUGUCAGUGGUUAUCUGAUACUGAGCUCUGCAUUACCACAGCCACAGUGCUGCCAGUACUCGUUUAAGGAUAAAUUAUGUUUUUUAUUAGAGGAAGUCAGAUGCUUGACAAAUGAAGAUGUACUGACUGAUAAUGUGCAGUAAGAACCAGUUUUGAAAUACUAGAAAAUCAGUCGAUUACACUUCUCGAGAAGCAGAAUGGGACGUGUUUUCCCAAGAUUGAUUCUUACAAAAAGAAGUAGAUUCAGACAGAAGGUAAAAUGUGAAAUGCCUGAGACAUCUUGUCUGCUUUAUUAAGCCUAAGCUGUAACAAAGAAUUUCAAAAGAUAAGGGAAUUCUUAUUGCAGCAGGAGCUGUCAGGAAGGAGUUUUAUUGUAGGGACAUGUUUUUGCUAACAGAUAGUCAUACUUGAAAAUGCAUAUGCACUUUUAGAAAGGAUCCAGUGAACACAAGUUACAGAGAAUGUGAUUACAGGUUCAGAUGAUGUAACUUCAGAAUUAAUGAGGGUACAUUAAGGACAUAAUACCUUAGUCAAGUAGACCCUGAAUCUCACUUAUAGGAAAGAUUUUUUGUCUUGCUGUGAUCAAAUCAAGUAAAAUUUCUCCAGUGGAGCAAAAGGUAGUACAUGUAUACAUAGCUUUUCUUUUUUUUUCAGGUAUGUUUACAAUUUGCUUAGUAUAAUCUGCAAACUGUGAUUAGAAAAUACCUUGUCUCCAAGCAACUUGUGGCACUGUGAUAAAGUACUUUAAAGAAACAAUUUAACAUUUGCCAUUUUAUCUUAUUGAAAAACAAUAGAGCUCUCAGUAUGUCUAGAAUUUCCAAACAAAAGUAAAUGUUCAGAUUUGUUGCUUCUGUAAGAAGAGAUUUUAAAGCACUUCUGCUUUGAUAUGAAUAAAGUUAAUGACAUGAAGCUCUUCAAUUUGCCCUCUAGCAGUGACAUCACCUGUCUCUACAAUAAUUACAGUAGCAACUAGAUGGUCUGCAGCAGGGUUUUCUGGUGCCCAUGGCAGACAGUAGUGCACAUGUAGCACUUUUUACCUCAGUAAGCAACAACCUCCUCUCAUUGAACUGAUUUUAUUCAGGAACUUCUUUGUUUGCUGGCUUGAAUAUUGCACACAGUGGGUCAGCACAGAAUAGGCAUCUGACUUCCAGAGUAAUAUCAGCCAGGAGCACUCAUGUUCGUUUGUACCAGUAAUGUAGACACACUGGAUCCAAAUGACAUUAUUUCCUCUCACUGUAACAUAUUUUCUUAGCCAUGGUAAGAAAGCAGAAUGACAAAUGCAUUCUAUUUGAAUUAAAAAAACCCCAAACUAUUCAGUCCAAAAGUUCUGAAGUCUGGAUUAAACCCCACAAGACAAGAGGUAUGUUUCUAAAUUUUUCUCAAAAAAAAAAAAAAGCAGCUAAAACUUCUACUCUACAAAGAAUAUUAAUGAUUUACCAUGCUGGAAUUUGAGAGUGAUGAUGAGAGCAGAAACUCACUUAUUGUUAGGCACACAGCCCUGACCCAUACAAAUCCAUGCCGAGGGGGAUGUCAGCAAUAUUGCAUAGGAUUGUAUUCUUGGCAUGGAAGAGUUGAAACUACUGUAGUCCUUACUGCAUUUCUGCAUUUCUUAUACAGAUGGGGACGAAAGAUGGACAUUUACCUACAAACAGCUAACUUUAUUGAUUUAGACACUAAUGCUUCUUCAUCAGAAAUUGCCAAGUAUUGAUACUCAAACAGAUAAACAUGAGUUGCUAUUGAAAUAAUAGCGUAUCACUUGAGCUAUUACAUUACAUGGUCUCUUCUAUGACUAGGCAACUUCACCUCCAAAGGGAUUAGAGCACUGGAAAGACCUGCAAGAUCAUGUGCACAGUUGGAAUGACAGUUAAAAAGACUAAGUCUGUUUUGCUAAUUUCUGUAACUUCUCUUAAUAGAAUGACACUAUCUUUUCUCCUGAGACUCAGUGCAUUGUCAGGUUUUUUUCAUCCUGUAGACUGAGGUUCCAGUGGUCUUUUUCAAAAAUCUGUAGAGAGCAGAAUAAUGUCAUUUAUCAAUUCAAAGUAGAUAGAGGCAAAAUAAAUUGUCCUGGCUUUGUCUCUGGAUAUAUUUAGCUGCAGUCAUGUGCAUGGCAAAAAAAGGUAAUUUCUUUGUGCUCUGUUUACAGCAGCUAAAUCUCUUGCUGUCUUCCUACAGUGAGCCCUUGACUUCAGAGGACACAGUAAUUCUCCCAGCUCAUCUACCCUGUAACUAAAACUAUGGAAAGAAAAGUUGUAACAGGCAGUCUGAUCAUAAAAUCUUUUCUUUAGGAAGAUGAGAAUAAAUGUGGGUUAUAAUUUAAGCUCCAAACAGUUAAGCUCUCCACUCUCUAAUAUACAAGCAUUUGGAUCAAUAAUUACAGGCAGACUAGCAAAAUUCCAUAACACCCACAACUAUUGAGCUCUCUGAGGACAGUGCCAGUACUUCUUGGAAGUGGAGCUCCUUCAUUCUUUCCAUUCUAAGGCAUUCUCACAUUUUCUCCUGGCUGCUCUUCAGGAAGCAGCAAGAGCUGAAGCAGAUGUGAAGCCUACACCUUGUUCAUAAUUUUUGAAAGAUGUGCAUUUAAGAUUAAAAGAGGUGUGAUAAGUGGAUUACUGUUGUACUUUUUGUAGCUUCUUCACUUGUUUUAUUAGAAUCUGUAUACGGAAAUUCUUUUGCAGUCAGACUCCUCCAGGGCAGUCAAAUGAACAAUUCAGACACAGCAUGUUGCACUUGCGUAUAGAUGAGAUCAUUGGCUACUGAUACAAGCAGCUCUACAUGGGAAUCUUCUGUAUCCUCUGUAAUAUGGUGGUGGGAGAGAGCUUUCUCAAUCCAUUAUCCACAACAAACUCUUCUUUCUUGGUAAAGGAAGAUGUGGAUGAAAAAGCAGAGUAACCUGCAAUACUCAUCAAAUAAACACAUAGAAGUCUCCUUUUGCUAAA